GAUAGUUUAUUGAUGCAGUAAACAACAACAUGAGCUGAGGCGGAGAAACGUUUCCUGACCUGACCAAGAAACGUUUACCGCGGCUUAGGUCAGCUUGGUCAAGGGACGAGAGGCGGCAAGGGCGUGAGGGCAGGACGUGUGUGUGACGCCUGACAUGGACGACGAGGACGACGACGUGGUGUGCCUUGGGACGCCCCUGGAGGAGCUCGACGAGGGUGAUGUGCAGACCCGCAAGGCGCAGCGGGUGGAGGAUCAGGUUGUUACCGACAAGCAAGGCCGCAGAAGAUUCCAUGGGGCCUUCACUGGAGGGUUCUCAGCUGGGUACUUCAACUCAGUGGGGACCAAGGAGGGAUGGACCCCGUCAACCUUUGUGUCGUCCAGGGCCCAGCGCAAUGAGGCCAAGUCGUCCAGGCCUCAGGAUUAUAUGGAUGAAGAGGAUUUGGAGGCAUUCGGCAUCUCACCUCAAGGUAUCCGAACCUCAGCUGACUAUGACAGCAGCAAACAGGAGAAGAGGAAGAGAGUGACAGACCCCUCUGGGCCCAUUCCUGGCACACCUGUCCUGGAGGAGCUGCUAAGACCUGCCAGGGAGACGGUGGGCAUGAAAUUGCUGCGUCACCUUGGCUGGCGGCCUGGGCAGGGUGUUGGGCCGAGAGUCAGCCGGCGGCAGAAGUUAUCAGACAAGAAGGAGAAGCGCCGCAUGUUAGCCAGUCAAGGGGCGGCUGUCAAAGGUGGGGCAAGUGAUAGUGAGGGUGGCAGUGACGACAGUGAGGAUGAGGCCCACAAGGACAUCACCUUCGCCCCCAGUGACGUGCCGGAGCUCAGCAUGGUGCAGCCCAAGACAGACCAGUUUGGCCUCGGCUACACUCCCCUUUCCCGAGCCUCUGUCCUCGGGGGUCACGUCAACCUCUUUGACCCGGCACCUUUGUCCCUCAUGGAGAAGAAAAAGAAGUUGCUAAUUAAAGGACAGGCCUUUGGUGUAGGAGCAUUUGAGGAAGAUGACGAGGACAUUUAUGCCACUGAAGAUAUGAGUAACUAUGACUUUGGAGAGGAGAAAGAAGCAAAAGACAAGAAACAAGGGAGACAGGAACAGCAGAACAUGGUCAUGUUGGGUCUUGUCAAAGUCUUAGAGGGCUUCAAGCUAGCCAGUCAGCCCGUGGAGCAGCCCAAGGCGUACCCUACCCCUGCCCUGCCACCAGACUUCAUCCCCGUCCACAAGCCACGCAGACUCAGGUUUGAGCGUCGGGAGAGUGAGCUGCGAGGGCUGGGCCGACACACCAUGACAGCAGAACAACGAGCACAAGCCAUUGCCGAGAAACCUAAAGCCACUGUUGAGGUAAGGUCAGGUGUUAAGGGGCAGAACCAGCACCAGCAACAAGCCUCCAAGGACUCGCAGAAGACCCUCGACACCUCCGAAGUAGACAAGCUCUUUGAGGAAUUCCAGAACUCUGAUAAGAGGCUCAGCUCGGACUAUAAACCCUUUGCAAGGAAUCCGGAGAAGCAGAAACGUUAUGAGCUGUUCUUGAGGAUGAAGGACAAGGGGCAGAAAGAUCGCUAUUACCUGGCCCAGCCCAAGAGCAUGACCGAGUGGGAGAGGGAGCGAGAGGUGCAGGAGUUUUCACGCGCUGCCAAACUCUUCCAGCCCCUCACCUCCUCCAUGGCUACCAGGUUUGUCACGGCUGCCACCAAUGAUGCUGACACCUCACUCAAGGAUGGACUUAACACUGACAUACCAAAGGCAGCGGCCAAGGAAGUCAAGGAGGGGCUGCUGGACCCCACUGAGCCUGGGGAUGAGAGGACGGCGGCAGCACGUUCGGGAAUGUUUGGGAAGAUGACCCAGACUGUCGAGGAGUGGCACCCCGAUAACCUACUGUGUCGGCGCUUCAAUGUGCCCAACCCGUUCCCGGACUCCUCAUUUGUCGGAGUUCGCAAGGCACGGAAAGAGAAGUUCUCCUUGUUCAGCAACUUCCAUACAGAUGCCGAGGAAACAGCCGGCCUCAGAUCCUCCCACGACAGAAAGGAGAAGGACCGGCAGCAAGAGGAAGAGAUGGAGGUGCAGGAGGGAGAGGAAGCACAACUGCAAGACAAGCCCGAAGAUUAUGGUCUGAAGGUACCCAUUGACGGACCACCGACCAUGGACCUCUUCAAGGCAAUCUUCCAGGACUCAGACUCUGAUAGUGAGGAGGAGAAAAGUGACUCUUCCUCUCCUAAAAGAGAUGAAAAAGCAGCUCACCAUUCCCAUCCAAGCAGCUCCUCUUACUCAGCAACACCUUCAGACACUUCAGUCACAAAAUCCAACACACAUGAGGAGACAAGAGGCAGUAGUAGGGAAAAGAGUCAAUCAUUUUGGAAUACAGAAGCUGCUCCCACCACCUCCACCACCCCUGCCACAGCCCCUCACCCACGACAACACAGGGGUCGUCCUAGUCGCUUUGCACCAUUAAACGAGGAUGUGGGGAGUCCAGCUAAGGAGGCACAGAAGCCCACCAAUCAACCUGAAGACAUCCAUACACACACAUUCGUCCCUCGGAAGAAAGAUGCACCUGAUAAUAAGAAUGUUUCUGCUUCAUUUCAGGGUAUAUUUGCUAAUGUUGACCUUGUGGCUCUCAACAGCUACAGGAACCAGGAACCAAAGGAGGAAAACAAGGAGGUCAAACGUACAUGGCCAGAGUCCGUCACGAAACUAGCUCAGGAGAUGCCCAAAAAUGAUGCAUCGCCGUCCUCCACUGACUCCGAGGAUGCAUAUGGUCCCCCUAUUCCUAGUCACUUGAAGGACAGAGCGCAGGAGAUCCAGUCCACUCCACCAGCUACCAUGAUCAGGCCUGUUGGUGAGGUGCCAGCAAGACAACAAAAGGUCACUGGCUGGGUGGAGAGGGAGACAGGAAGCAGCAAGAGUAGUACAAAGAAACACAAACACAAAGCCAGGUCCAAAAGUAAGAAGGAGAAAAAGAAGAAGAAGGACAAAAAGAGUAAAAAACACAAAGAGAAGAAGAAGAAGAAGGAGCGGAAGAGUUCGAGUAGAAGAAGAAGGAGCAACAGCAGUAGUAGUAACAGCAGUGGAUCGGAGGCAUCAUCCUCAGACGCAGAUUAAUUUAAGUCCUUCAAAAUUUUCUGAGGAUUUGUAUAGGAAUUGAGAUGCAGGAAUUGCUUCUCUCCCAUACCCUUAAAGACAUGUGAUGGUACUAUGCAGCAUAAUGUGAGUGAGGGAUGUGAGAUAGCGACUUAAGAACGUGUGUGGGAUAUUUUUAAUCGUUUUCUUACAUGAUUUUUUGAAUGGGUAUCUUAGGAGGGAACUGAUAAAUAAACAAAUGAUAAUCAAACUUUGUCAUUUUAAUCGUAGAAGGUUGCCAUUUCUGUCCCAGCCAUCCACUAUGUUGGGUGUACAUGUCUUUAUGCAUACAUAGCUUUCAUACUCAAAGACACUAAAUCAUAUCAUUACAUACUAUGAAAACGUUAUUGGUUCUUCAUUAAAUUGUAGGUCAUUCUGAUUCAUGAAAAUUAGGUUUGUAAUUUGAAUAUGUUGACUCCAUAGAAACUGUGGGUGAAAAUAAAGAAAAAUUAGUAGGGAAAGUAAGUGUAAAGAGGAAACAGGUGAGACAGGUGCUGUUAGAGGAGAAAAAAAGGUGUUGUGAAUGGCAUGAAAGGGUGAAAAGUAGAAGUUGUUAAAGGUGUAGAAGGGUGAAAAGUAGGUGUGCUGAGUGAAAAAAGUUACGAGGUCCUAGAGGGGUGAGAAGAGGGAUUAAAGCACACAAAUACAGCCUUAUGGAGGA